GAAAACUUUAUUAUUCACUAAUGUCAAGCUCAUUCACAUUAUGAAGCUUUCUAUUUUUAACUAACUUAUUAAAUACUUUCAAUCUAUAUAGAGCACCAUUGAAAGGCUUUCUUUUCUUGAGCUGUUCUCAGUUGCUUUUAAGUUUAUCCUCCUUUCCAUUUUCUGUUGUCCCCCACAGUGUUUUGGGCAGAUGGGGAGAAAGGAUCUGGCCAUUGUUCCUCUCUUUGGACUUGUAAUUUUGGGCUGCCUAUUACAUUGUGAUGAUGCAAGAAAACUGGGUCCUUUCAUACAAUACAGAUCUUCCUUGGUCUUGCACUUUCAGCCUCAUCUGCAAAACUUCUCUGUACCAAGUUAUUCUGGAGAGGAGAGAAACCCUUCAUAUAUUGAGAAGGAAGAUGCUGUAGAAGUAAAGGAAGAAGAAGAUAAUGAAGAAGAAGAAGAAGAAGAAGGAGGGGGGAUGAAAGAGCCUCACCCAGCAGAUGAACUUUUGCAGACCCACAGAGCAGAUGGAACCAAAUCCUACAUAUUGGGUGGCUAUUAGAAUUACACCAUAUGCAAAUAUAUGCUGAUGAAUCAAUUCAUUUUCUUCUUGUUUCUCAGGCAUUUUUUCAGAGUUUUUCUGUAACUAUAAGGAAGCAAAUGAUCAGUUCAAAUCCCUGCAUUUUUCCUGCAGUUUUGUUAAGUCUUAGAAGAGAAUGUCUGUCAGCCACAGGAUUUUUCUGAUCCAUGGUGGUUUCUGGGAUAAUUGGAUGUUUCUGUUGGCCCUGAAAGUUGUAGAUAAAGAUAGGAUGUGAUAAGCAUCUUGUUUUGUGGUAAGAAAGCUAAAGUGUACUGUACCAUGAUAAUUUGGGAACAUUGAUCAGUUGUGGAAUAAUAUUGUGUUUUGACGUA